UCCCGCUCACAUACACACUCCCUGCCAGUGUCUGGAGUAGUGGGGAAGAGAGCUCUUGGAGCAGCCAGCACUGUGCGAGGCAGACAGCAUGGUUCCAGUCAUCAGGAGCAGAGCACAGUGUCUCUUGAUGUAGCCCAAUUCGGCUGGCUUGCGGGGGGGUGUCAGAGGAGCUGUAGAGGCAGACGGAGUGAAUUCAGGACUGGCCUUUUUUUUUUUUUGCAGGAAGGGUGUACGAGAGAAGAAAAAAAAGACUAAGUUUGGCCUGUCCAGCAUUUCAAUUUUUUUUUAUUUUUUUGAAACCCCUUUUUUUUUCGCGGUGGGUUUUGGGGUUGUGUGGCUGAAAGGGUCGCAUGCAUGACACUCCGCAAAGGUGAGAAGACCACCAUUAGCAUCCAGGAGCACAUGGCCAUCGACGUCUGUCCCGGCCCCAUCCAGCCCAUCAAACAGAUCUCUGACUAUUUUCCCCGCUUUCCGCGGGGUCUGCCGCCCACAGCGCCCCCCGCCCUGAGCCGCAGCGGCUCCCUGCGCUCCUCCGCAAGCCCGCCCGCCGGGGGCCUGCCCUCGGACCCGUCCCGGGACGACGACGACUUGGACCGGGCGUUCGGGGCCGCCGCGGCGCCGCCGCCUGCCCCCAGGAAGGACGAGGAGCCGGACGUGGAAGGCUAUGACUCGGACGACUCCACAACCCUGGGGACUUUGGACUUCAGUCUGCUGUAUGACCAAGAAAACAAUGCCCUUCACUGCAGCAUCAACAAGGCCAAGCUCCCAAAACCCAGGUACAGGAAGGGGCUCAAGCCAAUGGACCACAAUGGGCUUUCUGACCCCUAUGUCAAGCUGCACUUGCUGCCUGGAGCGAGUAAGGCCAACAAACUCCGGACGAAGACCCUACGCAACACCCUGAAUCCCAUCUGGAAUGAGACCCUCACAUACUACGGAAUCACAGAUGAGGACAUGGUCCGCAAAACACUCAGGAUCUCAGUGUGCGAUGAGGACAAGUUUCGGCACAAUGAGUUCAUCGGAGAGACCCGGAUCCCCCUGAAGAAGCUCAAGCCCAACCAGACCAAGAACUUCAACAUCUGUCUGGAGAAACAGCUGCCGAUCGACAAGACGGACGACAAGUCCCUGGAGGAGCGAGGGAGGAUCAUGAUCUCGCUCAAGUACAGCUCCCAGAAGAGCGGCCUGGUGGUGGGCAUCAUCCGCUGCGCCCACCUGGCUGCCAUGGACGCCAAUGGCUUCUCAGAUCCCUACGUCAAGACGUACCUGAAGCCUGACGAGAACAAGAAAUCAAAGCACAAGACUGCGGUCAAGAAGAAGACUCUCAACCCAGAGUUUAACGAGGAAUUCUUCUAUGAUAUCAAGCAUGCUGACCUCACCAAGAAGACACUGGAGGUGACUGUAUGGGAUUAUGACAUUGGAAAGUCCAAUGACUUCAUAGGCGGAGUGUCUCUGGGAAUCAAUGCCAACGGCGAGAGACUGAAGCACUGGUUCGACUGCCUCAAAAACAAGGACAAGAAAAUUGAGCGCUGGCACACACUGACCAAUGAACUACCCGGCUCGAUGUUCAGCGACUGAGGCCCCGCCCACAGCAGGAAGCCCCCCCACUCGCCAGGGGGCGUGGUCAGUUCUGGCUGCCUCCAGCGCCCCUGCAGUUUGCUGGCUGCUCCUUGCUUCAGCUGUGUUCUCCCUCCAGGCCCCCUGGUACCCAGCCAUCCUCCUCCUUAUUUCUAAUACCAUGAGAUCAUGUAGCCGGACCCUUCUGAUUGCCAGUCACCCUAUCAGUCCUGGCACCAGUGUCACACGUGGCCCGUUUUGUAAAGAAACCUUCGUCUCUUUCAGGGAAAAACCACAAGCUGCCACACAUGGAUGGAAAGAAGUAAUCUGUUGUGCCUGUCGUUAGAAUUAAUUAGGAACCCAGGUUAUAAUACAGUGCAGGUAUUUUCCAAAGAAAGUUCUUUUUUGAUUAAAUAAAGACAAAAAAUUUAGGAUCAAUGCUUCUUGCCCAAAUCCAAAGCCACUUUUUAAUGUACUAUAUACGUCCACUCAAGAACCUAGCAUUGUCACUCAGAUAAAAUAACAGGAUUCCUAAAUGUAGUCUAAAUAAAGUGUUUUUUCAUUGUUGCUAAAGUCCAGCACGAUGCAUGAGCAUGAAGCAAGCUAAGCUCAUAAAGCCCUCUGUUUUAUUAGUUACCCAGUUACAGGCACAGAAAAACGCUUCAUUUCGGGUCCUAUAGGCACCAAUGCAGUUGCCUGAAGUGAUUCAGUCCUCUACAGAGGUUAUGAUACAUGGUUUUGAGUGCAGAGUCAUGAUUAAGCCUUGGUUCACAUGGGAUUCACACCCCAGUUUUAGUUGUUUCAUUCAUGCACAAGCACUGUAAAUCUCUCUUUGCAAGUAUCUUCCUCUCAUGUUCAGGGUCUGUGACACUGUACUCACUCUCAGCAAGGAGCUCAGUCUGUAACUAUAGUUAAUUCAGAAACCCGGCAUAGAAAGGGCAGUGACCUCUGUGGAUUAAAAUAUAUUGUCUUAAAGCACCUUAAACAUUAACUGCAGUGUCACUGACAUUACAUUUCCAUUUACGAUCCUUUGAAUCAUUUUCCUGUAUAACCACAAUUUACUGAUUUUCCUAAAUGUGGCAAUCAACAUACUAAACUUGACGCACUCAACCACAGGAAUAAUGUUAAAUAACUAGUAAGGAUUUUACUACUUAAUCAAUGUUUGAGUUGUUCUCAAUGGUAUGAAAAUAAUGGACUAUUUACAAAGUAUACAUCAAUAACAAAGAUAUCGAUACAGUAGCUUUAAUGGACUGUUUGCUCUUAAAUAAGUAAAAUGGAUUAAGCAUUUUAAAAACUAUAGCAAAUAUACAGUACACUUAAACACUGCAAGCGAUUGUAAUGUAUUGUCUAGGAGCAGAAAUAACAUAAUAACCCAAAAAUAGCUAAAGAGAAAAACAAAUAUAUAUGUAAGAACGUUCUGAAACACUUGGUGAAUUCCACAGUGCUUUGUAUUGUCAACAAGGUAAGGUCUGGAGUCUCAGGUGGUUGAGGGAUUUAUUACUAAAACAUUUAUUGCUUCACUUUUUUUAUCAUGAUGAAGUGUUGAAUGUGAAGCCAGGCAUCUUGAGCUGAUGGCCAGUUGGGCUCUGGCCUGUGAUAUUUGUCCAUGGACAGAGGGUGUACCAGCAUAGGGCUAUAGUGGGGUUUGGCCAAGAAGCUUCUCAGUCAGCCUGACUGGGCAGUGUGAACUCCUUCUCUUUUGGAGUUGUAGUGGAAAGAGAAGAAUCUGACCAGAUAACGUGUACUGGAGGGCACGUGUGAGCACGCCUUCCUGUCUCUUCACAAGGUGCAGACACACAGAAUGUCAGGAAGGCCACAAAAAAGACACUGGGUCACAAAGGGUCAUCUGUCUCAUCAGGGUUCUGUUGUUCUGUAGUUCUGUAAUCCCACUGUGCUCUCCAUUCCACAAACAGACACAGGACAGCUAUUCAAACCCAACCAGCAAGUGUUUGAAAAUCGCAGAGACAAAUCUCUGUGGACCUGGGGAGGACAUGCAAACUUGAAUCAAACCUGGGAUCCUAAUAAAGGUAGUGCCCUAAUGCCCUCAGUCUGUUGGUCUGAGUAGCAGUUCUAAACUGGGGUGUAUUAAAGCAGCUGAUUCUGAAUGUUCUUUUUAAUAUUGAGCUACAUAUAUGUGUUAAAUUAUAAAACACAGGUAAACUGCAGGCCUUAAUUUCACCACUUUUAAAAGCUCACUGCCCUGCUGUGGGUCUUACAGUCUUACUGGAAAAGAUCAUAAAACAAGGUAGAGUUCAAUGAUUUCUUUAAAAUGUUGCUGUUUUUGUUCUGUAUCGUUGUUCUUCGUGUUUCACUCCCAGUGAGUUCAUUUCCACCUCCACCUCAUUUCCAAACAUGAAGGGGUGCAGCAAAAUCCGCUUUUAUUGUACAUUGGUCAGAUAUAGCACGUGUGCACUCAGCAUUUGACACAUCCUUGACACAAACAUCAUCACAGCACAGUCAAACAAAGGCAAGCAAACUAAAAAAGAACAGAGUGUCUCAAUCAAGUCAGAGAAAGCAGGAAGAGUCAUGUCCCCACUAUUCCUCAUCAUCCCAAGGCACUGAAAGUCAGUUUAGCCUUCUGAACUCAUAGCUUUGCCUCAGUAAAGUUUUACUCAAAGACUGAAGCCUGUUUUUAGUUUGUUGCAGUGCUGUUGCUCUGCAAACUCUUUUUACAGUCAGGAGCCCCAGGAAGAUCGCCUCUCUCUCUCAGGCGGAACGAGCUGCGCUGAUCUGGGUUGGAUGGGCUGGGUCUGGGAGUCUGGGCCGAGUGUGAGGUUAAAGUACAGUGAAGUGUGACAGACGUCCCUGUUUAUUUGUCAUGUCGUCGCCCUCUCCUGCCCGUGAAGGGAGCUGUGGACUUCUCUGAUGAUUGACACUCCCGCACCAAGAGCGGAGAGACUGUCACAGUUACUGGAUCAUGAGGCGGUGUUUGCACUCCUUUGCCACGUUUUGAAAACCACUGUUUGUCAGCUCCAGUUCAGGGCAGUCUGGGGGGAGGGUUUGGUCCAUCACAAAGCAUGCUGUUCCCUCAGCACCUUUCUGCUCAUAAUUCUCACCCAAAAUGAAUAAUUCUCAAAUCUGGACAUGGAGAUCCUUGUCCCUUAGCUGACAUACUUUGUUAUAGAUUAUUAUUUUAUUUACCAAAUAAAUUUAAUUAAAAGAAGAAAAUGCUUGAAAUUUUCUGGGUCUCUUGGGCUCAAGGCCCAAAGCCAGCUGUGCCAAUUGGUCCUGUGGCCUGUGCUAUGAACCAGACAGGUGUUCAGUCCAACCAGCAGCUCACUGUUCACUCAGGAGCCCUGAAACAUCUGUCACAUGUUGGGGCUCCCGAGUGGCUGAACACGUAGAGAGCUGAUUGAGUUCUUCAAGCUGGAUGCCAUGUGUUUGAGCCAUGGCACUAUGCCACUGUGACCUGGACUUUCCAGGUGACAGCACAUUAUUGGCAAAACAAUUUCAUGACCAGGCAUUCUGAAAAACAGUCAAUCCUGCGAGUUUCUGGGAGGCUGCAGGCUUGCAUUGACAUCGGUGUUGGACUGCUUCUCCUCCGGUCACCCCCAGAUCUCCUUAGAGGGCUAGCUCCUAAAAACUGUCAACGUGUCCGAUGACGAAUGGCCCUGCAGGUGGGCGUGUCCAAGGAGCACAUCCCAAGUGUCUCCUCCGGUCCUGUGUGGGUACAGAUGUCUUAAAACACUUGGCAAACCUAGAGCGAACACCAAAUCUGCACUGGUUCCCACUCCCUCUGCUUGCAGCAGUAAGGCAGGCUGUGGCUGAAUCAAAGCAGGAGAUGUUGGAGGAACUGCCCGGCCUGGAGCUGGAAAACCGUCCCCUUGCCCAGCCACGGAACUGCAGGAGGUGCUUCAGUCAGACCAGCUAGCCAAGCCAAGGUCAUGCCCUCUGCCAAUAUUGUGAAAUUCUUUUGGAAUCUGUUUGCCUUUGUACUCGACUUCUAUAUUCCGAAAAUGCAUGCAGAUGUAUCGGUUUGUCAUGCAAUGAAACUUUGCUAAAUGUUUGAUACUGCUGUUUUUUUUCUGUGAAAAAACAAAAAUCUUAUUCUGGACGCAACGGGAAUGUCAGUCUUUUCUUCACAGACGAACCUUUUGUACCUCUGAACGCUAUCGCAUUGCCUGUCAGGCUGUCGUAUUGACUGGAGAUGUGACUGCAUGUGAAAACUAAUGAAAACAAAAACACAAAA